GCCGUUUGAAAACAGGAUAUGCGCAGUCAUUGGCUAGCAGUCGUGUGCAGGCGUCACACAUCAGCCAACCACAAGCAUCUGCAACCUGACGCCAUCCUGAGAUGCUUUAAAAGCAGCUGUGUUGCACACACGGUCACACUCGUAUUCUACAGUGAUUAAACUGCAGCGAUGGCAAGAACCAAGCAGACCGCUCGUAAAUCCACCGGUGGCAAAGCCCCGAGGAAGCAGCUCGCUACUAAAGCCGCCCGGAAAAGCGCCCCAGCCACCGGCGGCGUCAAGAAGCCCCACCGUUACAGGCCCGGGACCGUGGCUCUCCGAGAGAUCCGCCGCUAUCAGAAGUCCACCGAGCUGCUGAUCCGUAAACUGCCUUUCCAGCGUCUGGUGCGAGAGAUCGCUCAGGAUUUCAAGACGGACCUGCGCUUCCAGAGCUCCGCUGUCAUGGCCCUGCAGGAGUCCAGCGAGGCUUACCUGGUCGGUCUGUUCGAGGACACCAACCUGUGCGCCAUCCACGCCAAGAGAGUCACCAUCAUGCCCAAAGACAUCCAGCUGGCCCGCCGCAUCCGCGGAGAGCGCGCUUAAACCCGCCGCUGACAAACACCCCAAAGGCUCUUUUAAGAGCCACACACAUCACUC